UAUUGCAAAUUUACGAGGGCAAGGGUAUGGUGGAGCAUCUAAUAUGAGGGGAGAAUUCAAUAGUGUUCAAAAACUUGUCCGAGAUGAAAACCCAUAUGCUUUCUAUAUGCAUUGUUUCGCCCACCGAUUGCAGCUAGUAGUUGUUGCUGUCUCAAGAUGUUGUUCUUCCAUUGAGGAUUUCUUUGAAUAUGUGGCCUUGAUUGUGAACGCCGCUGGUUCGUCUUGCAAGAGGAAGGAUAUAUUGCUUGAUAAGCAACGCAUAAAUCUGUUGGCUAAGUUAGAGAGUGGAGAAAUUUUCUCAGGAAGAGGGAAAACCAAGAAACAUCAUUGGCUAGACCAGGAGAUACAAGAUGGGGCUCUCAUUAUAAAACACUAGUUCGUAUAGAAUCGAUGUGGGAUGCAGUUAUACAAGUGUUAGCUAUUGUGCAUGAGGAUGAGCGUAAUCCAUCUAGGGCAGGAGGUUUGGUGCAGAUAAUGGAGUCUUUUAGCUUUGUGUUCAUCAUGAAGUUGAUGUUGCAAAUCCUUCGCAUUACAAAUCAGUUGUCACUUCUCCUCCAACGGAAGGAUCAGAAUAUUGUUCAAGCCAUGUCUUUGGUUACAGAUGUGAGGUCUUCCUUGGACAACUUGAGGAGCCAUGGUUGGGAACCACUCUUUGAAGAUGUCAAGAUCUUUUGUAAUGUUAAUGAUAUUCCGGUUCCAAAUAUGGAUGAAGCUGUACCGAGAUUCGGCCGAUCAAGAAAAGGAGGGAGAAAUAAUGUUACUCAAGAACAUUUCUUUCGUGUUGAUACCUUCUAUGCAGCGAUAGAUGCUAUCACCACAGAGCUGGAUCAUCGCUUUAAUGACAUGGCUUCAGAACUGUUAUGUGGAUUUGCUUGUCUUGACCCAAGAGACUCAUUUUCCAAGUUUGAUUUGGACAAAGUUGCUAAGCUUACAGACAUCUAUGAUGCAGAUUUCUCCAAUGAUGACCGUAAGCGUAUGAAAACCGAGCUCCAGUUGUUCAUCAACCACAUGAGAAGACAUGAUGACUUUAGAGUUUGUUAUGAUCUUGCAAGCCUAGCCAAGAAAAUGUUUGAACUUGAAAGAAAUAUUAUGUUCCCUCUGGUUUAUCGCCUUAUUGAGUUGGGGUUGCUUCUACCGGUGGCAACGGCAUCGGUUGAAAGGGCCUUCUCAGCAAUGAAGAUCAUCAAGACUGAUUUGCGCAGCAAGAUGUCCAAUGGUUGGCUUGAUGACUUAAUGGUGUGCUACAUCGAGAGAGAGAUAUUUAAAGGACUUGAUCUUGCUGAAAUUAAGAAAGAAUUUCAACAUGAAGGUAGAAGAAUGCCAUUGCCACGUUCUACUUAAUGAGAGUAAAUCUUCAUUAUGGGUCAUUUUUAUGCCGGUCUAGGUAAUAUAAAUGGUUUUUUUGGCACUCAAUCAUCCAUGUAAUCUUCAUCAGCUGAGGUAUUUAGAGUGCCAAUAGUUAAGUUUUGAAUUCGGUUUUAUUUGUUGAACACCAAGUAAUAUUUAUCGAGUAUUCUAGUGAGCACUUCCAUAGUUGAAUUAUACAUGGUUUUUUUUUUGUUCAUACACUCCACCACACCUAGAAAUUAUUCCUGCGUUCGCCACUGUCUGGGAAGCAUUCCCUAGCCAAAAUUCCUUGAUCAUGCUGUGGAUUCGUACAUAUGAUAUCCGUAAGUGAUUUUUUGGAUGAUUUUAAAAAGCAAAAAAACAUGUAUUUGUGCACUAUAAUGUAACUCUUAUACCGUGAGACCGAGGAAAUUAGUAAAAAUCAUGUGAGAUAUUAUUGUGCAUCUCUUGAUGAAUCAUUAGUU